GCACGUUGAAUGCAGAGCGGGGAGGAAUCUAGGACCUGACGGGCGCACUGGCGUGCUUCUUUUCUGGACCAAGAGGAAAGAAGUACCGGAAAACCGGGAGAGGAGCCAGAUGUUCCUGGAUGAGACGGAGCGCAGUCCCGCGCUGACAGGUUCCGCAUCCGAACCCCGACACAGUGUGAAAGUGCUGCAGGAAAACUUGGACUGAAUGCCGAAAUACAGGAACACUAUUUAAAGAUUUGAUUCUAAAGACCAAAUCUCCCCCUUAUUGUUUUUUUACCCCCCCAAUUUAAUUUACUUUACACACGGAGGCCUGUUGUGGGCAUUUUUGGAGUUGGUGGGGGCGAUCAGUUUGCUUCAAUGGGGAUCUGCAGGAUCAGGAGGGGGAGUCACAGAGGCCUCUGCCACCUCAGCACCAAGCGGAGGAUAGCUUAGCUCAGCUCAGGUCCCGCUCCCUCUGCGAACCCCCCACACUGCACCUUUCUACCCUCCGCCCCACCCCUGGCGGAGGGCAGCCAUGGCGUCGGUGCGCUUCACGGUGACACCCACCAAGACCGAGGACCUCCCGGGACUGUCGGACACGUCGCCUGACAUCAGCUCGCGCUCCGGGGCCCGCGUGCGCUUCGGCUCCAGGGAGAGCGUCAACAGAAGUGACCUGCAGAGCGAGGCGUCGGGGGCCGCUUCUGCUGGAGGAGGGGGGGCCGACACACCUGAGCGCAGCAGCAUAGAGCAAGGCGAUGGACACUCCAAGAUCUCCAAUGUUUACAUCAACAACACUCACGGCAUGGACGACGACGACUUCUACGACAGAAACCUGGCCCUGUUUGAGGAGGAGAUGGACACUCGGCCCAAAGUUUCCUCUCUGCUCAACCGUUUGGCAAACUACACCAACCUGACGCAGGGGGCCAAAGAGCACGAAGAGGCUGAGAGCAUCGGGGAGAAGAAGAAACCCAGCAAGUCUCCACAGAUGGGAACCUUCAUGGGCGUCUACCUGCCCUGCCUGCAAAAUAUCUUCGGGGUCAUCUUGUUCCUGCGGCUGACCUGGGUGGUGGGGACAGCCGGCGUGCUACAGGCGCUCUGCAUCGUCUUCGUCUGCUGCUGCUGCACGAUGCUGACCGCCAUCUCCAUGAGCGCCAUAGCAACCAACGGAGUCGUUCCAGCCGGGGGUUCCUACUUCAUGAUCAGCCGCUCUCUGGGUCCAGAGUUUGGGGGCGCCGUGGGGCUGUGCUUCUACCUGGGCACCACCUUCGCUGGGGCCAUGUACAUCCUGGGAGCCAUCGAGAUCUUUCUGUUGUACAUUGUGCCUGAUGCGGCCAUCUUUCACGGCGACGGGGGAGCCAUGCUGAACAACAUGCGUGUGUACGGCAGCAUCUGCCUCCUCCUCAUGUCCCUGCUGGUCUUCGUGGGUGUCAAAUACGUGAACAAGCUGGCGUCGGUCUUCCUGGCGUGCGUCAUCAUCUCCAUCAUCUCGAUUUAUGUCGGAGCGCUCGUCUCAGCCUUCAAGGAGCCAGAUUUCUCAGUGUGCAUGCUGGGGAACAGGACCAUCAACGGCCACUAUGUUAAAGACAACCACUGUGAAAAGAUCUUCUCAGCGCCGGAUGAAAACAAAGGAGAGAUCCCCGAGGGAAACUUCAGCCUCAGCUUCGAAAACAGCACCAUGGAACCGCCCCCACCCCCCACGCACACACCUGCAGCCGGGAACCAGACCACAGAUCUCUGGCAGCAUUUCUGUCAAAGCCGGGACCUGAACGCCACCUGUGACGAAUACUUUACCAACAACCACUUCUCCCAGAUUAAGGGCAUUCCGGGGCUGGCGAGUGGGGUUAUUACAGAGAACCUGUGGAGCUCCUACCUCAGCAAAGGAGCCGUGGUGGAGAAGAGCUCCCUGACCUCCGUCCAGGCCUCCCAUCCUGCUUCCACUCAGCUCCCGUACGUCUUUGUGGACAUCACCACCUCCUUCACGCUGCUGGUGGGAAUCUUCUUCCCAUCUGUCACAGGAAUCAUGGCUGGCUCCAAUCGCUCCGGGGAUCUGAAGGAUGCUCAGCGCUCGAUUCCCAUCGGAACCAUCUUUGCCAUCCUCACCACCUCCAUCGUCUACUUGAGCAGCGUGGUUCUGUUCGGGGCCUGCAUCGACGGCGUGGUCCUCAGAGACAAGUUUGGAGACUCUGUGGGGGGAAAGCUGGUGGUGGGGACGCUGGCGUGGCCCGAUCCCAUGGUCAUCGUGAUUGGCUCCUUCUUCUCGACGUGCGGGGCCGGCCUCCAGUCUCUGACCGGCGCCCCCAGACUUCUGCAGGCCAUCGCCAAGGACAACAUCAUCCCUUUCCUCAGGGUGUUCGGUCACGGCAAACCUAACGGCGAGCCCACCUGGGCGCUGCUCCUCACCGCGUUGAUAGCAGAGCUGGGGAUCCUCAUCGCCUCUCUGGACAUGGUUGCUCCCAUCCUUACAAUGUUCUUCCUGAUGUGUUACUUGUUUGUGAACCUGGCCUGCGCCCUCCAGACGCUCCUCAGGACGCCCAACUGGAGGCCACGCUUCUCCUACUAUCACUGGACCUUGUCGUUUUUGGGGAUGACGAUCUGCCUCGCUCUCAUGUUCAUAUCCUCCUGGUACUAUGCCAUCGUUGCCAUGGUGAUUGCUGGGAUGAUCUACAAAUACAUCGAGUAUCACGGGGCUGAGAAGGAGUGGGGGGAUGGGAUUCGGGGCCUGUCCCUCAGCGCUGCCCGGUACGCCCUGCUGAGGCUGGAAGAGGGCCCGCCCCACACCAAAAACUGGAGGCCUCAGCUGUUGGUGCUGCUGAAGCUGGACGAGGACGCCCACGUCAAGUCUCCACGUCUGCUGACGUUCGCCAGCCAGCUGAAGGCCGGGAAGGGCCUGACCAUUGUCGGCACUGUGGUUUCUGGGAACUUCCUGCAGAGCUUCGGGGAGUCUCUCGCAGCAGAGCAGACUCUGAAGCACCUGAUGGAGAAGGAGCGCGUGAAGGGCUUCUGUCAGUGCAUCGUGGCGCAGAAGCCCCGAGAGGGCAUCAGCCACAUGAUCCAGUCCAGCGGGCUGGGGGGCAUGAAACCCAACACGGUGGUGAUGGGCUGGCCUCACGCCUGGAGGCAAAGCGAGGACCCCCAGUCCUGGAAGACCUUCAUCAACACGGUGCGGGUGACGACGGCGGCCCACCUGGCCCUGCUGGUCCCCAAAAACAUCUCCCUGUUCCCCACCAACAGCGAGCCCUGCACAGAGGGCUACAUCGACGUGUGGUGGAUUGUGCACGACGGGGGGAUGCUGAUGCUGCUGCCGUUCCUUCUACGUCAGCACAAGGUGUGGAGGAAGUGUGGCAUGAGAAUCUUCACUGUGGCCCAGAUGGAGGAUAACUCCAUCCAGAUGAAGAAGGACCUGGCAACCUUCCUUUAUCACCUGCGCAUCGAGGCCGAGGUGGAGGUGGUGGAAAUGCAUGACAGCGACAUCAGUGCCUACACCUACGAAAGGACGCUGAUGAUGGAGCAGAGGUCCCAGAUGCUCAGACAGAUGCGGCUCUCCAAGUCGGAUCGGGAGCGGGAGGCUCAGCUGGUCAAAGAUCGUAACUCGAUGCUCCGCCUCACCAGCAUCGGCUCGGAUGACGACGAUGACACAGACGGCGGGGACAGAGUGGGGAGCGCUGGCAGCUCGGAGCACCACCGCCGCGUUCAGAUGACCUGGACCAAAGAAAAGGCGCAGCAGUACAGAGCCACACACUCGGGCUGCUCCACGCCCGAAGGCUUCAGAGACAUGCUCAGCAUGAGACCGGACCACUCCAACGUCAGGCGUAUGCACACGGCCGUCAAACUCAAUGAAGUCAUCGUCAACAAAUCCCACGAUGCUCGGCUGGUCCUGCUCAACAUGCCGGGGCCCCCCAGGAACACCGAGGGAGACGAGAACUACAUGGAGUUCCUGGAGGUUCUGACUGAAGGUCUGGAGCGAGUCCUGCUGGUCAGGGGAGGAGGAAGUGAGGUCAUCACCAUCUACUCCUGAUUGGACCUGCACCGGCAGGGGUGGGGGGGACUUCUCCCUUCAUCUUGACUGCUUAUCCCAACAGUGGCUGUGCGUAAGCGUCUCUCUGAAGGAGCCACUGUGACAGUAUGGUCAGCGGUUCGAGACCCGGGAACAUAUCGGAGCGUCUUAGUGACUGGAGCUUUUCAUAAAACAUGGAAAUGGUUUUUUUCCGGAGCUGCUCCCGCUUUCCUCCUCCUAACAUCUGCACCAGCACGUCUGUCAUGGAGGCCCGGCCCUUUGGUGGAGAGGAGAAACCACCGUUCAUUUCUUCAUCAUUUCCUUUCAUCGAGUCCCAGAUGUUGUGAUUGUUUUUAAUUUGAAGCGUACAACUGUUACCAGACUAAAAACAAAGAUUUAUCAAGUCUGACAGCAGCCUCACGCGUGGAAACCCUCACAGUAAUCAGAUUACUGUGUUCUCCUGCGUCUGUUUUACUUCAUGUUGAUGUCUUUUUAUGCUGUUGAGGUCCAUCAGAACCGGGUUUCUGCUCCCUGAGGCUGUGGGUGGAGUCCUGCAGCAUGCACGUGUUAAUGUCCCUGUGCACGUUGGCUCUUUACUAGACAUUCCAGCUCAGAGAAUCGCCUGAACUGGCUCACUGCACACCUCGUCUCCAUGUGCAUGUGCGUGUGCACGAGCUGGUCAUGGAGCAUCUCGUUUUUAGAGUUUUGUUUCUCGUCUUUGCUUCUUAAAAGUCAUGUUUUUUUUUUUUUGCUUAUACAUAAUGAAUUUGAUCUUUUUUAUGUCAUUAUUAUAAAAAUGAAUCAGAAAAUUUUCGCUUAAAAAAAAUGGGAAUUAAAAAGUUCUUUAAAAAACGAGUUCUUGUUUUUUUAUUAUUCUUUAAACAGCAGAAUGACAUCAGAUGUCCUGAAGAAUCUGCAGUUCAGCCAAAAGUUGCAGAUUUCUCUCAUCAAAUACAAACACUUGGAAAGGGGGAGGAGCCACAGCAAGAAGGCCCUGGUUCAAAUCCCAGGUUCUGUGUGGAGUUUGCAUUUUAUUCAGACACUAGCUUCCUCCCACGGUCCAAAAACAAGCCUCUAAAUGAUCCCAUGGAGGAUGAUGAUGAGCAUUGUUACAUGGACCGACAAAAGUCUUAGGUUUAGAUCGUGCAGCGUCUGUCAGAUCUAGUUUACGGUUUUCUAUCCUUGCUUCAUAUCCUUUUAAACUCAAAGUGAAUAAAUGUGUUUAAUGUCACACCGUCAUGAGAGAAUGACGAAGAGGAGAGCUUUGAAUAAAGGAUUUAGUUUGUUUUUAA